UGCUGGAUUUGAAGUGAACCAUGCAAUUACAUAAACAUAGGCGCAGCCAGUCCACCAGUGAGUGGAAAGGCAUGGAUGUUAGAGGAUUAUCUAAACAGUCGAACACUUUUUCCAUGUGUGUGUAAGAAAAAGCUUGGAAUACUUGGGCUAACCCUCCUCCUUGCUGCCACUUCUGUAGAGGCCAGUCAGGAGAAGCCCAGAAGGAAAGAUCCAGAAUUUCUGUUUGUGAUUUGGGAAACUGACAGACAACAAGCUUGACAGUGGCUUUGGUAAACUCACAUCUUCUUUACUACUCUCGCCUCUCCAGAAAGCUGAAUGGCAGGCGGGAUGCUGAGCUGACCGAACCAUCCGGCCUAGGAAAACCAAACUAAGCCAUAUGCUGCAGAAGGAAAGAUUUGUCUUGAGACAUUGACUGUGUGCCUGGGAGUGCUGCAAAACUUCAGAUGUGCUGUGCUCCCCCCCCCCUUUAAUAUAUAUAUAUAUAGCAACAACUUCUAAAUCGGUGGAAAUGUUACCGUGCUGCAUUUUUCUUACAGCUAUGCAAUGCAAAGAUGGCUUGGGCUUCUCAAAGAUGUGCUUGGAGACACACAUAAAAUAUACAGCAACAGUGACAAAAAAUCAUAUCCAGCACUUCUCUGCGGGGGGGAAAAUUCCACUGAAAAUUAGCAAGUCAUGAGACAUGAGAUUGUUAUUUGUCAACUUAAGGGCUGUGUCUUAAAUCUCAGUUUUUCGGUAGUGUGUUAUUUUUGUAUGGGACAGGGUGAAGAGAAGCAACAUCAUAUUGGCAAGUGAGUCCUGCCCUUGCCUGUACUUUUUUCCUUCGGCAAGAAAUUUAACUGCAACAAUGAAGAAAAAGCUUUUGCAAUAGCUAUGGCAAAUUGACAGGGGACGGAAGAUUACUUGAUUGCUGAAGAUGGAGCGGCAGAACAGCUCCAAGACUCGGAAAUCUAAGACGCUGCGCUCCAUUUCACGCUCCCUGAUCCUCUGCAAUGGCAAGAGCAGUGACGACGGAUCAAGCCCUGAUGAGAAGUACCCCAACCCCUUUGAGAGUCAGGCCAACUGGGGUCAAGAGGAAGCAAGCCACUGCCCUCGCCUUCAAUUAGUAUGCACUUCAUCGACUGACGAUGGCCCUCCUGAUCCACUUAUGCUCACCAGCAUGGUGCAGCUGAGAGCCUCAGCCAGUGAUAGCUGCAAGAAUAUGAGGAGAAAGUUCUUCAUAAAGGACAGCUGCAUUUGGAAACUCUGCAUUGCCACCGGAAAUGAUGGUCUGGGAAUCCAAGUCUCUAGAACCCCCAACUGUUCAACUUUUGGAAAAGAAUUCACCGUGAGCCACAUGAUUGAUGGAGGAGCUGCCCAGAGGGAUGGCCGCCUGAACCCUGGCGAUGAGCUUUUAACUGUUAAUGGACAAUCUCUUAAAGAGCUCUCCAGCAAAGAGGCAGUAUCGCUCAUCCAGUCAGCAAAAGGCUUGGUAAAUUUAGUAAUUGCUAACAAGGAAUCCUCAGUUUGCUCACGCAAAGUGCAGUCUACUAAACAGGAGGUGCAAAAUGGCUCCAUUCUGCAGACAAAAGCCAAAUGCCAGAGGACUCGCAGUAAUUCAGCCAGUGUGAGUCCCUACUGGAUAGGGGAUAUCGAUGGCCCCAUGGCCAAAAAAUCAGCCUCCCGGUACAGACAGUCCCACUCUCUUUACAGCAACAGAAAGUCCCUUUCUCAGCAGCUGGACAGCUCAGUGGGAAGAGCUCCUCCCCUUUCCAGAUCUUCUCGAUCCUUAAGUACAGUCCAGCUAAUGCACGCAUCAUGUGGAUUACAGGCAUCCUUCAUUUCCAAUAUUGUUUUAAUGAAAGGCCAGGGGAAGGGGCUGGGUUUCAGCAUUGUGGGAGGUCAAGACAGCAUUUAUGGCCCCAUUGGCAUAUAUGUGAAGACGAUCUUUUCCCAGGGAGCUGCUGCUGCUGAUGGAAGGCUGCAAGAAGGGGAUGAAAUCCUAGAACUGAAUGGAGAAUUGAUGUACGGACUCACCCAUUAUGAAGCUCUUCAGAAAUUCAAGCAGGCCAAGAAAGGUCUUCUCACGCUCACAGUCCGGACAAGCUUCAGCACCCCACAUUCUGCUGGAAGCUAUUUAUCCUCCCAACUCUGCCGUUCCUUAAGCACCAGCAUGUGCCUCGCCAAGGAGAACAGCUCCUUUGCUUCGGAAACAGUCCCAUUCCCCUUGAGUGCCACUAACCCCAAGGACAGGAUCAUCGUGGAAGUGUUUUUAAAUAAAGAGGCUGGUGUGGGUUUAGGCAUCGGAUUAUGCAGCAUCCCUUAUUUCCAGUGCAUUUCAGGAGUUUUCAUCCAUGCGCUUUCUCCAGGCUCUGUGGCUCAUUUGGACGGGAGGCUCAGGUGUGGAGAUGAAAUCAUUGAAAUCAAUGAAGCAUCAGUUCAAAAUAUGUCCCUCAAUGAAGUUCAUGCGCUUCUAAGCCACUGCAAUCCGGGGACCGUGCAGAUUAUUAUCAGUAGGCAUCCUGACCCACAGGUCUCCGAACGGCAGCUAAAGAUGGCUGUUUUGCAAGCUGUAGAAAACAACAGGUUAGAAAGAGAGCGGUACCACUGGAGUACAGAAGGUGUCAAACGUCUGGAAAACAGUUGGCAUAAGAAACCACCGUGUGAAAGAUACUCUGAAAAGAAUGCUUCUCACUGCAACCACCAUUCCCAAAAGAUUAUGAUCCGUUCCAGUAGUGACAGCAGUUACAAGCCCAGGUCAUCAUAUAGAAAUGGGAUUGCCCACCAGCUAGCUGAUUUGAAACCAAAAGGACACAGUAUUGAUAUACCAGUCACCAGGCAGCCGGACUCAUUGUUUUCUUCCUCCAGAACUAGUUUGGAGAAUGACUCCUCCCCACCAACCCUUAAGGAAACCAGCCACCUUUCACAAAAUAGCACAAAGAAGUCCACGGAGAUCCUUGUCAGAAAACCUAGGUCAUCGAAACCCAAACCUCCACCAAGGAAGUAUUUCAAACAAGACAGGGCUGUCAAUGAGCAGAAUAGUGGAGAUGCCAAUGAUGGGCACAUUCUGCAAGGGGAUGGGAGCCCACCUUCUUCAGAUGCUCAGGAAGUAGAAGACCUGCUGCGGCAAAGAAAUAAAACAGUUGUAACUCAUGGUGCAUUUGCAAGUUCUUUAGUGCCAAGAGCUGUGGAGCAGUCAGAUACAGGAGCUGCGUACCAAGAAAAGAAAGUCAACAAAGGAAAGACUGUCCUAGCAGCUCAAAGACCUGCUCUCAGAAGACAGACAAAGGUAGAUUAUAGCCUUGAGAUUGCAACUGAAGACCCUUGGGUUAGAAUUUCUGACUGCAUAAAAAGCUUGUUUAAUCCCAGUAUGUUAGAAGAUGACCAUCCUUUGGGAUUGCACCAUGCCAAAGACACAAAUGAAGGUAAUCAAACCUCCAGUUGCCCAGAAGCAGGAUUUCAAAGAUCAAACACAGACGAAGUCAAUUCAGAAGCACUGAGGUCAUCUGAUGAAAGUGAUUUUGUGAAGAAAGGUCCCCCGGUAGCACCUAAACCAGCCUGGUUUCGUCAAAGCCUAAAAAGCUUGAAGAAAGGAAAGUCAAAUACAACAGUUCUCAAAAAUGUUGAUGACCACCAUCAGAACGUGUCUGACAAUGAACUGGAUUGUAUUUCCAGAGUAAUUCGGGCCUCACCUAGAGGGUCAUCAAUAAAGCAAAGAAUAAGCUCCUUUGAAAGUUUGGGCACUCCUCAAGCUCAAGAGAAGGGAAACCAAAAACUUAGCCCAAAGCUGUUGGUUCAGAAGGAAGCAUCUCCUGAUAGAAAGGAACCCAAGUGGGCCACAGCUCAUUUUCACCAAGUUUCAACCAGCAACACUGAUAACUAUGAAGUUUCUGAAAACACCUCCCUUCACCUGUCUCUAGAUGCAAGUAGCAUAGAUUCGUCUUGCAGUUCAAGAGAGGAAUAUGUGUCUAGUCCAAAGAGAAGCAACACCGCCACCACCGAGUGUUCUCUGGAUUUGUUUCAACUGCAAAACACAGAACCUUUUUCACAAAUUAAAAAAAUGCCAAGUCAAAGAGCACGCAGUUUCCCACUUACAUCAGCGCAGUCCUGUGAGAUGCUGAAAACCAGUGGAGAAAAAUGCAGUAAAAUUGAUUCCAUAAGCAACCACUUCUCAUCAGCUUUAAUGAAAUCAUUGCAUUCCCUUCCUCAGUCUCCACUAUGUCUUGGGAAAAACCCAUGGAAGUCACAAGAUGGGAUCCCAAAGUCUGACUCAGAAGACAAUGGUUCAGCUCCCUUCCAUGCAAGUGCUGCUUAUUCUCCAGACACUGGCUUUUCUCUUAACCUCUCUGAGCUGAGAGAUUAUGGUGCAUGUCUGUCAGAUAAUGAAAAAGAUGAUGAUGAGCAGGACCGAAGUUUACCCCAGGCUUUGGGUGUCUCAGGACAGUCUGUCAUCUCCCUCCUUACCCCUGAAGAACUGGAAAAGCUUAUAGAAGAGGUGAAGUCUUUAGAUGAGGCUACAUUAAAGCAACUCAGUGAGAUUCAUGUUACAGUUCUGCAUAAAGAAGAAGGUGCUGGGCUUGGAUUCAGUUUAGCUGGCGGAGUAGACCUAGAAAACAAAGACAUUACUGUGCACAGGGUUUUCUCGAGUGGACUAGCAUCGCAGGAAGGAACGAUUCAGAAAGGAGACGAAGUCUUAUCAAUUAAUGGGAAGUCUCUCAAAGGCUCCACUCACCACCAAGCGCUGGAGAUCUUGCGAAAAGCUCGCCAGACAAAGCAGGCAGUUAUUGUUACAAAGAAGUCCAAAGAGAGAAAAAGAAGCCUCAACACUUCUCUCGAGUCUUCUGUGUCAUCAGGAGGAGAAAAUUCAACAGACUGUACAUCUGAAGACCUGAUCUUCAUGGUGACUCUGGAGAAGACAUCUGCUGGUUUAGGGUUCAGCUUGGAAGGAGGGAAAGGCUCCAUCCAUGGAGAUAAACCAAUCAUCAUUAACCGAAUUUUUAAAGGAGCGGGAUCAGAACACAGCCCUGCUGUUCAGCCGGGAGAUGAGUUACUGCAGGUGCACAUGAAUCUGAUGCAAGGCCUCACCCGUUUUGAAGCAUGGAACUUCAUCAAGACAUUACCUGAUGGGCCAGUUACUGCAGUCAUCAAGAGGAAAACCUCCACCAGCACAACAGCUGGAUCUCACCAUGGAGAGGAGUAACAGUAGUACUAGUAACAACAGAUCUGUCCAUUUUAAGGCAAGGCUAAAAGGCUUUCAUUUAUCUCCCAAAGUACAGGUGAUCUAGUCACCCAUGGCCAGAUCCUUUUUUGUAAGCUGAGAGAAAGUUGAGCAGGACUGAGAACAGAGAAGACUAGGUGCAUUAGAAAUGUUUACUCCUUUGUGGUCUCACUGUUAAUAAAGUAGCAGCAGCAGCAAGUUAAUUUUAAAAGGCUCUAUUAACAAAGGAUGCCCAAGCAGAAACCUGCAAAUCAGGUUGAUGGUAGAACUGAUACCAUGAAAAUUAACUGAGCCUAGAUGUGUAAUAAUACUCUUCCAGUGUGGGAGAGUGGCAUGGGGAAAAAGAUUCUGGCUAUAUGGAAUUCUCUUGUCAGACCAGGAAGUAUGUAAGCAGACUCGAUGGUGCAUUUAAACAUGAGGCAUCCCAUGUGGCCCCUCUUGCACUUGAAGACAUGUAGCUGCUUUUCUAUCAACAUUACAGAAUGGAUGGGAAUGAACAAUUGCAUCCCUAGCUUUCACGUGGAAUACUGUGCAUGUGAUUUAACACCUUUCAGUUCUGUUCCAUGCUAUCCAAAUAAAUGGCUGUUGCUUUAAAUAUUGAAAAGCAAGAAACUUUCCCAGAUCCACUCAUUACAAAACCAUACCAAAAUGUUUGUGCAAACUCCAGCUCUUGUCAUUAGGCAAGCUGUUCCAUAAAGCAGGUUGGUAAUGGGGAAGAAAAGAACAGUGGUGUCGAAGACAUGGCAUCUACUUUUAAUUAACUCCUUUAAGACUUGUUUGGCUACCGCUAUGUAAGUAAUUGUGUUAAAUGUGUGAGGCCCCCACACAUAUAUUGUUGAAUUGCAAUUCAGCCACUCAGUCCUUAGGUGAAGAAUGUGGUGAGUUG